AUGCGUGGUUCGCAAGCUAUUCGUGGAGGAACCCUAAAAGAAGCUAUAAGCACAGCUGACGAUCAAUCAACAUCUGCAUCAUGGUGGCAGGCAGGCACAGCUACACCGUUCCGCGAGAGCUCCAGCAGCGCCUUCUCGUCCACCCACGGCCUCGUGCAAACUCACCCUUCGGGCAGCGAUCCAUUUGCCUCCUUUGGUAGCAUUGGCAGUACUUCUGGACCUUCUUCUAACCCAUUCGCGUCCAGCGGCAGCGGUCCGUUAAGCGGUGGCGUUCGAAACAACCCUCUGCCAUCUUUGGCGAGGAAUGCCAACGGGAAACCUUCCCUGAAACAUCUGGACUUCACAAGCAGUGCGACAGCUGAACUGAGGAGGAACCCAGCUCUGUCAGCCCCUGAUGAGUGCGCUCGUGCUUGCCGAGAGAAUGAACCACCAAGGAUUUGCUACUACCACUUCACUCUUGAAUUGUACACGGUUUUGGGAGCGGCGUGUCAAGUAUGUACACCAAACGCUACGAAUGUGGUAUGGUCGCACUGCCAAUGUGUGUUGGCCGAUGGUGUCGAGCGUGGAAUCCUCACAGCAAACAGAAUGUUGCCGGGACCGUCCAUCCAAGUGUGCGAGAACGACAAAGUUGUCAUCGAUGUAGAAAAUCACAUGGAAGGUAUGGAAGUGACCAUUCACUGGCACGGAAUCUGGCAACGAGGCUCUCAGUACUACGACGGUGUGCCAUUUGUAACGCAGUGCCCUAUCCAGCAAGGAAAUACUUUCAGAUAUCAAUGGCAAGGUAACGCAGGUACCCACUUCUGGCACGCUCAUACUGGACUUCAAAAGCUUGAUGGUUUAUAUGGCAGUAUCGUCGUACGUCAACCGCCUUCCAAAGACCCCAACAGUCAUCUUUACGAUUACGAUUUGACUACCCACGUAAUGCUACUUAGCGAUUGGUUGCACGAGGAUGCCGCGGAGAGGUACCCAGGUCGUCUUGCUGUCAACACUGGUCAGGAUCCCGAGAACGUGCUGAUUAACGGAAAGGGUCAAUUCAGAGAUCCCAACACUGGCUUCAUGACUAACACACCCCUGGAAGUGUUCACGAUCACGCCCGGCAGACGUUACAGAUUCAGAAUGAUCAACGCUUUCGCUUCAGUGUGCCCUGCUCAAGUCACUUUCGAAGGCCACAAUUUAACUGUUAUUGCGACUGACGGCGAACCUGUCCAUCCGGUACAAGUAAACACCAUCAUCUCGUUCUCAGGCGAACGAUACGACUUUGUAAUCGAAGCGAACAACAUUCCUGGAGCUUACUGGAUCCAAGUCCGAGGUCUCGGCGAGUGCGGUAUUAAGAGAGCCCAACAAUUAGGUAUCCUCCGAUACGCCAGAGGACCCUACCAGCCUUCUUCGCAACCACCUACUUACGAUGUCGGCAUUCCUCAAGGAGUGGUGAUGAACCCGUUGGACGCGAGAUGUAAUAUAACCAGGAACGACGCUAUUUGCGUCAGUCAGCUCAAGAACGCCAAGCACAUUGACCCAGCUAUCCUACAAGAAAGGCCUGAUGUUAAAAUCUUCUUGCCUUUCCGUUUCUUCGUCUAUAGGCCCGAGAUGUUGUUCCAGCCGAAUACUUAUAACAGAUAUUUAGUUGCUCCUGGAGGAGAUCACGUGAUCAGUUUAAUAGACGAGAUUUCAUACAUGGCACCGCCAGCGCCUCUGAUCAGUCAGUAUGAUGACAUUAACCCUGAACAGUUCUGCAACGGUGACAACCGUCCGGCCAACUGUGGACAGAAUUGCAUGUGUACACACAAGGUCGAUAUACCUCUUAAUGCUGUUGUCGAAGUUGUGUUAGUAGAUGAAGUUCAAAUCGCAAACUUAUCUCACCCGUUCCACUUGCACGGAUACGCCUACAACAUCAUCGGUAUCGGCCGGUCACCUGACCAGAACGUGAAGAAGAUUAACCUGAAGCACGCUCUCGACCUCGAUAGAAGAGGUCUGCUCGAGCGUCACCUGAAACAAGGAGACCUCCCUCCGGCGAAGGACACCAUCGCUGUGCCGAACAACGGCUACGUCAUUAUCCGUUUCAGAGCCAACAACCCUGGCUUCUGGUUGUUCCAUUGCCACUUCCUGUUCCACAUCGUAAUCGGCAUGAACCUCGUCCUGCAAAUUCUUAACCCCUUGGACGCAAUCUGCAAUGUAAAGAGAAACGACGCUGUUUGUGUGAGUAACUUGAAGUCGGCCAGGCCAGUGGACAAAGCCAUCCUGCAAGAAAGACCUGAUGUCAAGAUUUUCCUGCCGUUCAGAUUCCACUUCUACAAGCCAAAGGAUCUGUUCAAGGAAAAUACUUACAGGAACUAUCUAGUGGCUCCCGGUGGUGACCACGUCCUAAGUCUGGUGGAUGAGAUCUCAUACCGAGCACCACCAGCGCCGCCCCUGUCGCAGAUGCAUGAGUUGUCCCCUGACCUCUUCUGCAAUGGAGACAACAGACCCGCCGACUGCGCCGUCGACUGCCGCUGCACACAUAUGAUAGACGUGCCACUCAACUCUAUUGUGGAAAUCGUACUCGUUGACGAAGUACAAUCACCGAAUCUGUCGCAUCCGUUCCACCUUCACGGUACUCCGUACAACGUGAUUGGUAUCGGCAGAUCUCCAGACAAGAAUAUAAAGAAGAUUAAUUUGAAACACGCCCUGGACCUGGACAGGAAGGGUCUCCUACACAGGCAGUACAACCUCCCACCCUUCAAAGAUACUCUUGCUGUACCCAACAACGGGAUAUUGGUUGUUCCACUGUCACUUCAUCUAUCACAUAGUAAUAGGAAUGAACCUAAUUCUUCACAUCGGCACACAAGGGGACCUGCCCCCCGUGCCUCCGAACUUCCCUCGAUGCGGCGACCACCUACCAACGAUCACUCCGCCGUACUUCCCGAUACACUGAGACAAUCGAGAACUCAAUGAUAAAUCGAUAUUCGUAAUCGAUUUGUGAAAAACCAAACAGGAGUGUAUAGCAUCGCGUACUGCCAUAUUUUGUUCUGUUGUUGAAAUAUGAACAACGUGCGAAUGGGAUAAAUAUUUGUUAAUGUUGUCUUGUAAAUAAUGUUCUAAGCUUAAGUUUCUGUUCUAAAUAACUGACAUCUGUUUCGCGUAAGAGACCAAAGUAUUUAAUCAGAUCACGAUCAUUAUUUAUAGAUAUAAGUAUACGACCAGCUUGUGAUCGAAGUGGCGACUAGAUCCGCCAUUGUUGAAUUCCUUUGAUGUGUGUAGUUAAAUGUUAUUGUUACUCGUUUUAUAAUUUUGUACAUAAAGUUAGAAUAGGAUGUGUUAUUGUUAGGUUAUAUUAGUGAGGGGCGUAAAUGUAAUGUUAUUCCUAAAUAAAUUUUAACGUAAAGGGGUUAAGUGCAAAUACGUAAUUACCAACUCGCAAUAUUUAGAAUGGUUAUUGUAAUUACAUCCUUCCGACAAGACUGCACAGUUUCUUUUGUCUGGGCCUGCGAACACUUCACUUUAAAUUGUUUGUUUCCAUCAUGUGUCGGAAGGGCUUGAUAGGCCUUUUAACUUUAUAAAAACAUGUUUAUUCAAUUUACCUCAAGUUACCGACCAUCAUGUAACUUGAGACCGUAACCUGUGUUACGGUGUAACGUGUAUCUCUAUGCAAAAAUUGCAAUGAUAUUAGUUUGUAUCGCCAUUCAUAUAAUUUAGUUCAUGUACAAUUCAUAUUCACUCUUUGAGAUGGUUGCAAAGCGCUCACGAGAUAAUCUUUCACUUAAGAUAAAAACUCGCAUUUCUAACGUUCAGAGAAACGAUACACGGAUGCCUGAAGACAGAAAAAAUAUGAAUGCCUGCUUAAUUAAUACUUUCGUCGCAUUCUAAACGAUGAAUCAUCGUUAAUACGAUUUUAGAAUUACAUUUGCAAAAAUAUUCU